AUGAAGCACAGAUCAUGUAAGGACUUUCAAAGAAGCAUUAAAAAAAGCUCUUCUUUGUCUCUGUGCUUUAUAGGUUCCCUCUUCACCCUUGGCCGUUGUGUUUUUCCUCCUGGUUCCUGUGAUGGAUACACGAACAUAACUGAUGCAUGGCGCAACUUCGCAUUCAGAUCGUCUUCCUUUCCCGGCUUCCCGAAGAACGAUGGACAUUUUGUUGGGAAGUGGUGGCGCUUCACAGGGAUUGGAGGAGACAGAGUCACUUCACAAUGCCAUUCAGGCCCCCUUGCUGGUUCUCACUACUCCAUUCGUGUUUCAUUUUCAUAUCCAACAACUGAAUCUGAAACUCCAACAACAGGGACUGCAUAUGGUGAUGUUGCAGGGUGUAGUGCUUAUUCUAUUUCACUCAGCGUGGUCCUCUGUCCUGGAGGAUUCUACAUUCACAAACCAGCAGGUCACCCAUACCCCUAUUUGGUUUAUGCAACCUAUCAUCAUACGUGUGAACCAGACUCCUGUGGACCACUUGCUGAGUGCUCGAGUAAUGGAGGCUGCACAUGUGUCUCUGGGUAUGAAAUCCCCUCAGAUCACCUACCCACUCCAGAUUCAUAUGGUUGUGUUGACAUCGAUGAGUGCCAGAAAAAUGCAGAAAUUUGUGGUCCUGACUCCAAAUGUAACAACACCAUUGGAUCACACUUCUGUACCUGUCUGGAUGGAUUCAAUGCAACAGAUCCAGCAUUACCACCUGGAGGCUCCAACCAAUGCAUAGAUAUUGACGAGUGUCUUGAAAAUGUCUGUGGAGAUGAUGGGACCUGUCACAACAAUCCAGGAAGUUAUAAGUGUGAAUGCCAUGACGGCUACCACCUUGUGCCUGAAGCAACUUCUGUUUGCCAAGAUAUCGACGAGUGUUUCAAUUCCACCGUCUGUGGGCCUGACUCUGACUGCACCAACACACCUGGAGCACACACCUGUGCAUGUCAACUGGGGUACGCGCCAACUCUACCAGACCAGGAGCCCAGCGAGGAAAACAUCUGUAUUGAUGUUGAUGAGUGUGUUGAAAAUGCCGCCAUCUGUGGUCCUGAUGCUAACUGCACAAACUCAAUCGGCUCUUACAUCUGCACCUGCUUCCCUGGUUAUCGGCUGAACAACCCAAACGUGAUAGCCAGCGUUGCUAACCCAUGCACAGAUAUAGACGAGUGCAGUGAGACACCUGGUAUAUGUGGUAAACAAACAGUGUGCACUAAUGAACCGGGGACCUUCUAUUGUUCUUGUCCUGAUGGAUUCUACCCUUCAACUGGAAUCCUGUGGAUAUUAGGGGUCUCGUUUUGUCAAAGUCUUCAGGACAUUUUAGACGAGAUUCAACCCCCAGAGGGACAGACAAAAGAAAGAGCUUUCCUUGGCAACAUGGACCAACAACUGAAAGACAAUGAAGGCAUGAUCUUACCAGUACCAACUGUGACCAACAGCUUCUCAGCAUCUAUGGAAGUGUCAGGCGUUGGACCGCGUGUCAGGUCAAGCAAGGUGAGUAGCGAAGGAGACGGGGAAGUAGGCAGUGUGAUCCUGGGCAUCUCAGACCGUUUAGCAUCUGCAAUAGUAGAGCCAGGUUGGAACAACACCAAGAGAACUGUCAAGAGUCCAACAGUGGAUCUAAGUCUCGAAACUAUCGGACCUGGAAGUGACAGCGCAGAGAGCUCUUCUCUGUCAGCCAAUGGAAACACCAUGGAGAUCAACCUGAACAGUUUGGCCAAAAAUAACAAUGGUUCUGCAGCAGCUGUCUUCUUGACACUAACUGGGAUGGAGAGUCUUCUUAGUCAUCAAUACUUUGAAACAGAAAACCAGACAGAGAUGUACUCGGAUGUUAUCACUGCAGUCUUACCCUCGAUGAACCACACCAACCUCACCGAGCCCGUCAACUUUACCAUCCAUCACAAGAAGACGGUACCUGAGUCUGGUUUGGUGACCUGUGUGUAUUGGGAGGACAAAACAGAGGAGGCAGGAAUUGGAGAAGAAAGUGAAACAGGAACAGAAAAGAGGAGGACAAUGCGCUGGUCGGUGGAGGGCUGCUGGGUUGCGUACACCAAUGAAAACUACACAGUGUGCAGCUGCUCCCAUCUAUCCACAUUCGCCCUCAUCAUGCAGAUUGGAGAGCCUCCACCAGAGGAUCCCUUCCUGGAGUGGCUAAACCGAAUGUGUGUGAUUGUUGGACUAUUCUUCUUUGGUUUGGCCAUCUUCACCUUCCUCCUGUGUAGCUGGAACCCCAAGAUCAACAACACAGCCCGUCUUCACCUCUGCCUCAGCCUCUUCUUCUCCCAUCUGCUGCUGCUGUGGAACGAUGAAUAUGUUGAACAAGAGCUAGCCUGCACCGUCAUGGCGGGGCUUCUCCACUUCUUAGUUAUAGCAGGCUUUGUGUGGAUGCUGCUGGAGGCGUUUCAGCUCCACCUGUUGGUCCGGAGGCUCACUAAGGUGCAGGUCAUCCACAGAGAUGGCCUCCCCAGGCUAGUUCUUUACCUGAUUGGCUACGGCGUUCCAUUUGUGAUUGUGGGUGUUUCUGCACUGGUAUAUUCUGAUGGAUAUGGUGCUACUGAGGCAGAGGUGUGCUGGCUCUCGAGACAGCGCCAUUUCAACUGGGCUUUAACAGGCCCUGUGAUUGCUAUCCUUGCUCUGAAUUGGAUAUUGUUCUGUGCUACUCUAUGGAGUCUGAGACCCACCCUGGCCAACAUGAAAAGUGAUAUUUCUCAAUCCAGAGACACCAGAUUGAUUUUGUUCAAGAUAGUGGCCCAGUUUGUCAUACUGGGCUGCACCUGGAUCCUGGGCCUGUACCAGUCAAACCUUUUCUUCCAGGUCCUCUUUAUAAUUCUUAACUCCCAGCAGGGAACUUUCCUCUUCAUCGUCCACUGUCUGCUCAACAAGGAGGUUAGAGAGGAAUACGUGAAAUGGCUGACCUGUUCUUUCAAUAAGCACAGUGAAGGAGGAACUGUGAAAGAUGCACCAUCAGUCUCUGAGGACUUGGACAAGGCUGAGUAGAAGACAGGCUGA